AUGUUUGCUAUUGUUUACGCUAAACUCGAAUUAUUGACUGAAGAAGAAAGGAAAAGUAGCAUAAUUUGUGAAGAGGAAGAGGAAGAGGAAGAAGAAGAUGAGGACGAAAACCACGAGAACGGCAAAUUCACGCGUCGUUUGAUUAUGAAUAUGACAGCUGGAGGAGUGGAGUUACGGAAAUUAUUAUUCGUGUUAACAUAUUUGGUGCUGGCUGCAUUCAGUAAUUGGAUAGCCUUGGCUUAUAUCCAUGAUUUUGUUGGAAGGAAGGCCUUGCCUGAUAUCGUCUUUUCAGUAGUACCGGAAUUAUUAUGGACAUUAAAAGUUGGUGAUGCGAUGGUUACACUUUGUUCGACUUCCUUUUUUACCUUACUGUUUCUUCAUAAAAAUCGUAUAAUUAUUAUUCAACGAACUGCUUUUAUUUUGGCUUGUCUAUACACAAUGCGGACGCUAUCAUUGCUGUGUACACAAUUACCUCCCGGUUACAUCGACAAUAAUAAGCGUUGCCGAGGUAUAAGUAAUCGUACGAGUCAACAAUGGGGUGUUAUUAUAUCGCGUGUUUUAUCUCAAGCAGGAAAACUUGGAUUUCAAGAUAUGGAUGACGAAAUGUUGUGUGGUGAUUUAUUAUUCUCAGGCCAUACGUUAGCUAUGGUUGUCAGUUCAUUAACAGUCGCUUAUUAUUUACCUGAUUCAUUUAGAUCACUCAGAUAUAUACCACGUGUAUUAUCAUGGAUCGGUAUGGUUUGCAUGGUUAUUAGCAGGACUCAUUACACUAUUGAUGUUCUUUUUGCUUAUUGGCUAUCAACGGCUGUUUUUAACAUUUAUCAUGCAUUCUGUGAAAUCGAUUUAACAAAUCGCAAAUUAUCAGUUCUUUAUCGAUUAUGGAUAAUGCGAAUUGUUGGUUGGCUAGAAGUUGAUAUUACACCUGGAAGGAUAGAAAAUCGUCUCGAAUUUCCACUGCUUGUACGUCUCUAUAAAUGGUGGAGUAGUCCGUCAAGGAAUCGUUACUGUACUCAGAAUAGUAACUGUCAUAAUCAAAAACAGCAACAACUUUCUAUUUCAAGUGCAUUACCUAUAUGA